CGCGGAGGCAGCGGCACUACAGACUCACUCGAAAAGAGUGCUGUUCCAGAAAUGGACUUUUCUCUAGGUGUCCUACACUCCUUCUAAGGGCCAGUUUAGAGUUAGAUUUACCAUGCUGCCCCCAUUUUCUGUUGUUGUUGUUGCCCCCAUUUUAACAAAUCUUUUAUAGACCCCACCCAGGUUCUUCUUUCCUUAGCCUUACCUCACCUUCUGUUACACAUACCACUUCUGACCUCAUAAUCCCUCAGCUGCAGCCUCAGGCCCUACCCCUAGGGAUGCUGCUUAUCCACAACUGCCCAUAGCUCUCUCCUGUUUGCACAGUCUGGACCUCCUCAGCCAAUUUAAUCCAUCUUCCUCUCCAGUCCCCCGACCUUAUGGGCCCACUUGGCCCCCCAAGGCCUCUAGAACACCCUCCUUCUGCCAUGACUUAUUAAGACUCUCUGAAGAAUGAGAAGAUCUUCAGAGCAUGUUCAUCUAUGUCGAACAUGGAGAUAAUCAGCAGUUUCUGGCCAAUACUAAUUGUUCUGUCCUCCUGUUGCUGCAAUAUGUCCGUCAUGAAGUGGGGGUGCCUAAAACAGACAUCAUCGAUUUGUGUGAUGCAAUGGGGACAAUGCAGAUGUUUUUCCUGAAGAAGACCCUUGGAGACUAUGCCAACAAAUUCCUUACAGCUCGAGACACCUACUACGUUUGCAGGGUGGAGUAUGGGUUAGCAGGAACUGUACUUCAGAAUGUCUACAGAGCUUUUGUGCCCCUCCUGAAGAACCCAGAUCCCAAGCUAAUUGAUGCCUUGCAUACACAAUGUGACCUCCUGCGGAGGGGUCAAAUAAAAAUGCUUAGAAGACAAGAAGCCAAGAAACGUGCUCGAACUGAAUCGUCAAUGAAAUCGUCAAUGAAAUCGUCAAUGAAAUCGUCAAUGAAAUCGUCAGGGAAAUCGUCAGGGAAAUCGUCAGGGAAAUCAGUGAAACUCCCAGUAAGCCUUCCCAAACAUGGUCUGUCUCAGCAACCUCCUUUCCCCCGCCAGUCUACCGAAGGCUUCUCCACCCUGGCCCUCUGGGAUGAAUUUCCUUUCCAAAUCCAACAUCCAUGCCCAAGACCUGCCUCUCACCUCUUUUGUCCUGCCUUCGGUCCUAGUUUGUAGAAAGCUUCCCUGCAGGGGCCUCUUUCU